UUUUGUUUUUGUGGAGUUUCCUGUGAAGGGCCAGCCCACAAGAAUCCGUAUAACAGAGCUGUGAUAGCUGCAGAGUGGCUUAGAGGACCUUCUGCCGUCAGGAACACUCCUUCAUACCCCAGCAUGUUCCUGUUUUACCUCCUGGCCCUAUCGGUUCCCUUAGUAAAUGCCAGACUGCAUCAGAAUGGCACGCUGGAUUUUGAGUGGGAACCAUGGAAAAAAGCUCACCUAAAGCAAUAUAACAGCCGGGUAGAUGAGUAUUACAGACGUCAGAUCUGGGAAAGAAAUUUAAAAUUAAUCACGGCCCAUAAUCAACAGUAUGAGCUGGGUCUGCACACUUAUGAAUUGGGGAUGAACCACUUGGGUGACAUGACCAGCGAGGAGAUCGUGAAGCUGAUGACCGGACUUAAAGUCCCUCCACGGUACAGGCCCACGAAUGGCACCUUUGAUGGCGACGAGGUUCUCGAUGGGCUCCCGGCAUCCAUAGAUUAUCGGAAGAAAGGUUAUGUAACCCCGGUCAGGAACCAGGGUAGCUGUGGUUCCUGUUGGGCGUUUAGCUCCGUAGGGGCCUUGGAGGGGCAGCUGAAGAAAAAGACAGGAUCGCUUGUGGUCCUUAGUCCCCAGAACCUAGUGGAUUGCGUGCAAAAGAAUGAUGGAUGUGGAGGAGGUUAUAUGACCAACGCGUUCGAGUACGUCAAAGCAAACAACGGCAUUGAUUCCGAGGAAGCAUAUCCUUACAUUGGAACGGACCAGGAAUGCAGAUACGACCCAUCGGGGAGAGCAGCCACAGUUAAGAACUUCAAGGUCGUGAAGGAAGGCAGUGAGAAAGCUUUGAUGAAGGCGGUGGGGACUGUAGGACCUAUCUCAGUAGGCAUUGAUGCAAGUCUAGGCACCUUUGCAUUUUACAAGAAAGGUGUGUAUUACGACGCAGAGUGCGAUCCCGCUUCUAUUGAUCACGCUGUUCUCGUCGUGGGGUAUGGUGUUCAAAAGUCUUUGAAACACUGGAUUGUCAAGAACAGCUGGGGUGAAGAGUGGGGCAAUAAGGGUUAUAUUUUAAUGGCAAGAGACAAGGGUAAUGCCUGUGGUAUCGCAAGCCUGGCCAGCUACCCUCUCAUGUGAUUCACCGCCCAUCCGCUGUCAAACCCAAAAGAUGCGGGGUAUCGAAGCACGUCCUGCUCACCUACUUUUCAGUUUACACGGAAACAUCAUAGCCAUUUUUUAAUCCCAUUUUUCUGGCCUUUCAUGCGGAAUUUACAUAAUCAAACAAAACUUUGAAACCAGUUAUUUUGGAUAUCGAACUGAAAACACUUAAAAAAUGAAUAAAUAAAUAAUAAUUACAUUACAAAAAUAAUAAUUAUAUGUGCCAGGGGCACUUAAUAAAAA